AAUAUCAAGUGUAUGUCGCUUAUAACAGGCAAAGGGUAUGCCUUGAUCUUUGUCUUCUUGUGCUGUUGGUGUGGGUUUUAUGAUUCUGAAACAGGAAGGGUUAGCGAGCUAGCUGGCCGUGUCAGUGAAACGUGUGUAUUUGUGUUCACAAAAAGGGAGCAUUUUCUUUAAAGUUAAAGAUUGGUACGCUUAUUGUGUACCUUUUUCAUGUAGAUGUCGGCACAAAAGCAAUGCAGAUCUUUAGCACACUUGGGAAUGCGAUGUGUGUAGCUCGGUUAGUUAAGGGAUCGGCAGGGGGAGGGAGUAGUUAUGGUGAAAAGGUUUGACAUUUUCCCCCACUGAAAAUCCAAGUAAACAAAUAAUUUCGUCUGUUUGUGUUCAUUGAACCAUUUUCACGUGACCAAAAUCUUACUGGUGUGACGACCACACGUUUUAAUGUAUUGGAGUUGUCUUCGAGAUUCGAAUUUAAGAUGUAUUUGAAUAAUCAUUUUCUAAAAGUAAAGGACACUUAAAUGUGCUCGGCAGCUACCUGGAAAUAUUCGUACGGUGCUUUUUAUUCGGGUCAAUCCAUGGUUCAUAAAGCUGACAACUAGCAGUGUGCCGUGUUGCGCCGCUAUUGCCUUCGUUGCAUCUAGCUUGCGAUUGGAAAUCCGAACACAACAAAGCCAUGGACUAAGCUAGUUAGCUAGCCUCCUUCAUGUGUAUGACGGUUUGCCGCGUCUCCGGAAUGCAUGUGAACUAGCCGGAUCAUUGCUUUCGAUCUCAUUGUUUAAAGGGAAUAUAUGAUAAAGCGGAACAGUGAGCGACCUGCAAGCACACCUUAAUAUGAGGUGCGAUAAAACUCAGGUUUGCUUGUUGGCGAUGUGUGAAACCCAGGGGCAACGAAUUCCAUCGAUCGCUUUUAACUUGGAACAAUGGUCGCUUAGUAGCUGGCUGGCAAAUCGGUUAACAUUGCGCAUUGAUGAAUGCCCAAUACAUCGUGCAACACUAUUUACCUAAAAUGAAUGUGUACAAAAUGUUCUACAUCUCGAAUUUGGCGAGGUAGCUAGUUGGUUUAAUCCCUGAAGUAUAGUUGACUUUUCGCUUGCUAGCUACGUUAGCGUUUCCGAAUUUCUGUAACAUGAACCUCUCCGUGGUAAUCCUUGACUGUGUGGCGCCUGCUUGACUGUUUGUGUCUAAAGGAAAUAGAUGAAGGGGGUGGGCGUUAAGAAGCCAGCCAAAAUCCCCAUUCACAACAGUUCAUACGAAUGAAACUUUGCGUACAACAAUGAUCUCCGUAUGCAGGUUUGCCUGCAGCGGAAAAGAACGUCCGAUUAAUGUGUUGGGAAUCCCGGGCGAGUCUGGGAUCCCGCCCCUCGUGGGCGGUGGCUUAUGAAAAGACCCCACCCGGUAGGCGUUGUGCUGGGUUGAGUUUCGUGUAAUGGUUGGCUUAAAUGCAGUAAAGAGGUAGUGCCUAGGAACAGGAUCCGCCCAUGACAAUGUACGUCUCUCUCGAACAGCAGUGGAACAUAUCAGGUGGUUCGUGAAUUUCAGGAAGUUGACUAGGAAUUCAUUGCGUACACACUAUUUGCACACAUUGGGCAAGCGACACAAACAUAGUAGGCUACGCAUAUAUGCCCGAAAUAGAAACUGUAAACAUUUCUGUCAAAAUUCAGCUUGCAGAGCGGUCAAGUCGCCAUAUAGGCAUUGUUAUGUGCCUUUCAGCCAACUAGCACAAUAAAACGCUGCUUGCGUCUCUUUAUAUCAAACUUGAGAUUUUUUGUUUGUGAGACGAUUCAGAACGCUUUAUUUUGCACAUAUUUAUGCGCGGCGUAUCGAGUUUCGUGAUGGGCGUAUUUUUCGUGUAUAUAAAGCUACAUUUAAUGGCAGCACAUUUUUCGAUGCGUCCUUCCCUCGGUAAAUAAAUAAAAAAGCGAAAGAAUGGAGGACGGUUCAAAACGCAUUGUCGACAUGACUGAAGGCGGAGCUCACACGAUUUGAUCGACGCUUUUGGCCAAGAUGCUUCGUCUUUCUUUUUCUGUGUACGCCAGUAACCACCUAUCAGCUGCUGUUCUGCAGCCCCCUCGAGCAUGAGGUCACAAUGAAGCGCCGCUUGGAGGAACAGGAAGCGGUUUUCGCGUCCCAGCAGCGCCGGCUCCCGGCCAGCAACGAGGGCUUCCAGCACCGGGUCCUGGCCCCCGCGCCAGCCGUGUACGAGGCAGUCCCCGACAGCAUGCAGCCCACCACUGGCAUCCAGUACUCCCUCCCGCAGAGCUACCCGGUUCCCGCUGUGGCACAGAGCUCUGGAGGACAUGGCCACGCCCCCGCCCCGGCCGUGCAUGGCAGCGCCCACCACCACAGCCCCGCCGUUCAGCCACACGGGGCCCAGGUGGUGCAGAGCCACGCCCACCCGCCGGCGCCCCCGGCGCCCUCCGCCCCCGCGCAGGGACAGCAGCAGUUCCAGAGGCUCAAGGUGGAGGAUGCCCUUUCCUACCUGGACCAGGUGAAGCUGCAGUUUGGAAGUCAGCCACAGGUCUACAAUGACUUCUUGGACAUCAUGAAGGAGUUUAAGUCCCAGAGCAUUGACACCCCUGGAGUGAUCAGCAGGGUGUCCCAGCUCUUCAAGGGACACCCCGAUCUCAUCAUGGGCUUCAACACCUUCCUGCCACCCGGCUACAAGAUCGAGGUGCAGACCAACGACCUGGUCAACGUCACCACGCCAGGACAGAUCCACCACAUCACUCCCCACGGCAUCUCUGUGCAGAACAUAGCCCCGCCCCCACCUCCCCAGGCACAGUCCCAGCUGCCCGCCCCCACCACCACUGCAGCCCCGCCCCCGCCUGUUCAGCCUACACCGGCCAAGAUCAGCAAGCCCCUGCAGUCUCCUGCCCUGACCCCCACCAGCCAGCCCAACCCUUCCAUCCCGCCCUACGCCUCACCCCGCUCGCCCCCAGUGCAGCCCCACACGCCUGUCAGCAGUGCCCCACCCCUGCAGAACAACCAGCCCGUGGAGUUUAACCACGCCAUCAACUACGUCAACAAGAUCAAGAACCGCUUCCAGGGCCAGCCCGACAUCUACAAGGCCUUCCUGGAGAUUCUGCACACCUACCAGAAGGAGCAGCGGAACGCCAAGGAGGCGGGGGGGAACUACACCCCCGCCCUGACGGAGCAGGAGGUGUACGCUCAGGUGGCCCGGCUCUUCAAGAACCAGGAGGAUCUUCUCUCGGAAUUUGGCCAGUUCCUGCCGGACGCCAACAGCUCCGCGUGUGGUCCCUUUUCCCAGCUGCUCAGCAAGACCACAGCGGAGAAGGCUGAGUCUGUGCGCAACGACCAUGGCGGUACGGUCAAAAAACCGCAGCUCAACAACAAGCAAAGGCCCAAUCAGAAUGGCUGCCAGAGCCGACGCCACUCUGGGAGUGGAGCCACGCCCCCAGUCAAGAAGAAACCUAAACUGCAGGGCUUGAAGGACUCGUCCCUGGCGGAAGUCAGUAAGCAUGGCGUGGGCACAGAGUCUCUGUUCUUUGAGAAGGUUCGAAAGGCCCUGCGGAGCGCCGAGGCCUAUGAUAACUUCCUGCGCUGUUUGGUCAUCUUCAACCAGGAAGUGAUCUCACGCGCUGAGCUGGUGCAGCUGGUGCUGCCGUUUCUGGGAAAAUUCCCAGAGCUGUUCACCUGGUUCAAGAACUUCCUGGGGUACCGGGAGUCGUCCCACAUUGAGAGCUUCCCCAAGGAGCGUGCCACCGAGGGCAUCGCCAUGGAGAUCGACUAUGCCUCCUGCAAGAGGCUUGGCUCCAGCUACCGGGCCCUGCCCAAGAGCUACCAGCAGCCCAAGUGCACCGGGAGGACCCCGCUCUGCAAGGAGGUCCUGAAUGACACGUGGGUGUCCUUCCCCUCCUGGUCGGAGGACUCCACCUUUGUCAGCUCCAAAAAGACUCAGUACGAAGAGCACAUCUACAGGUGUGAGGACGAAAGAUUUGAGCUGGACGUGGUGCUGGAGACGAACCUGGCCACCAUCCGUGUGCUGGAGACCGUGCAGAAGAAGCUCUCCCGCAUGUCCGCCGAGGAGCAGGCCAAAUUCCGGCUGGACAACACCAUGGGUGGGUCGUCCGAGGUCAUCCACCGCAAGGCCAUCCAGAGGAUAUACGGUGACAAGGCCCCUGACAUCAUUGAUGGGCUGAGGAAGAACCCUGCCGUCUCUGUCCCUAUUGUCCUCAAGAGGUUAAAGACCAAGGAAGAGGAAUGGCGAGAAGCCCAGAGAGGCUUUAACAGGAUUUGGAGGGAGCAGAAUGAGAAAUAUUACCUGAAGUCCCUGGACCACCAGGGCAUCAAUUUCAAACAGAACGACACCAAGGUGCUGCGCUCCAAGACCCUGCUCAAUGAGAUCGAGAGCAUCUAUGACGAGCGGCAGGAGCAAGCAUCGGAAGAGAACUCUGCCCCGCCCACCGGCCCCCACAUGACCCUGACCUAUGAGGACAGCCAGAUCCUGGAGGAUGCCGCCGCCCUCAUCAUCCACCACGUCAAGCGGCAGGCCGGAAUUCAGAAGGAGGACAAGUACAAGAUCAAGCAGGUGGUCUACCACUUCAUCCCCGACCUGCUGUUCGCCCAGCGGGGGGCGCUGUCCGACCUGGAGGAGGAGGAAGAGGAGGAGAUGGAGCUCGACGAGGGCGGGGCCAAGAAGCACAAUGGGGUGGUGGCUGGCGGCGGAGGGGGUGGAGCCAGUCCUGCCAAGUCCAAGCUGCUCUUCGGCAGCACGGCAGCUCAGAAGCUGCGCGGCGCGGACGAGGCCUACAACCUCUUCUACGUCAACAACAACUGGUACAUCUUCCUGCGGCUGCACCAGAUCCUGUGCUCGCGGCUGCUUCGCAUCUAUGGCCAGGCCGAGCGGCAGAUCGAGGAGGACUGCAGGGAGCGCGACUGGGAAAGCGAGGUGCUGGGCUUCAAGCGCGACAAGAACGACAACCCCGCCAUCCAGUUGCGCCUGAAAGAGCCCAUGGACAUCGAGGUAGAGGACUACUACUCCGCCUUCCUGGAGAUGGUCCGGAACCUUCUGGACGGCAACAUGGAUGCCUCCCAGUACGAGGACUCUCUGCGAGAGAUGUUCACCAUCCACGCCUACAUCGCCUUCACCAUGGACAAGCUCAUCCAGAGCAUCGUCCGGCAGCUGCAGCACAUUGUAAGCGAUGCGAUCUGCGUCCAGGUGACUGACCUGUACCUGGCUGAGAGUCCCAAUGCUGCCACAGGGGGCGCUCUCUCCUCCCAGCCCUCCCGGGCCACUGCCGAGGGCACCUACCAGCGCAAGGCCGAGCAGCUCAUGUCCGACGAGAACUGCUUUAAGCUGAUGUUCAUGAAGAGUCGGGGGCAGGUGCAGCUGACUGUCGAGUUGUUGGACACGGAAGAGGAGAACUCGGACGAGCCCGUCGAGGCUGAGCGCUGGUCCGAUUACAUUGGCCGGUAUGUCAACCUGGACUCCACCUCCCCGGAGCUGCGUGAGCACCUGGCCCAGAAGCCGGUGUUUCUCCCCAGGAACCUCCGUCGGAUACGCAAGUACCAACGAGGGCGAGAACAGCAGGAGAAGGAGGCCAAGGAAGGAGGGAAGAAGUCCGCAGAGAACUCCGAAAACCUGAAGCUGGAGAAGAAGUCUGCAGACAGCUCCGAGAACCUGAAGCUGGAGAAGAAGUCUUCGGACAGCUCUGAGAACCUGAAGUUGGAGAAGAAGUCCUCGGAGAAUGCAGAGAACCUGAAGUUAGAGUGCAUGUUCAAGCUCAACUCCUACAAGAUGGUGUACGUCUUCAAGUCUGAGGACUACAUGUACCGCCGCACUGCUCUGCUGAGGGCCCACCAGUCUCACGAGCGGGUCAGUACUCGGCUGCACCUGCGCUUCCAGGCCUGGGUGGACUCGUGGGUGAGGGAGCACGUCACCCGGGAGAUGGCCGCCGAAAACUCCAAAUGGCUGAUGGGAGAGGGGCGGGAGGGGCUGCUGCCAUGCACCACCACCUGCAACCCCGAACUCCUCCACUUCAGGAGCAUCAACAAAUACCGCGUCAAGUACGGCCCCACCCUCAAAGCACCGUAACUCGCCAGCCAACCCGGAAAGGGAGUUCUGGGGGCAGGGGGAGAUUAGGGCCUGGGGAACGGGGGAGACUAUGUUGGGGUGGGAUGGGGAGGAGGGUGAGGAAGGGUGGGGGGUGGAGGUGGAGGUUAUGAAAGAUGACAGCUAAACAAAAAGAAAAAAAAAAGCUGUCCUCCAUAUGGUUCUGUGGGCAGCUGGUGUGUGUCUAUUUUUAACAGCAUUUUAGCUGUACCUGCGUCUUCAGGACCAUGGUGCCAAAAGCAGGGACUGGCCCCUGACUCGCUGACUCCUCCCCUUCCCACCCCUGCUCACUGGCCCCGCCCAUCCCUAGACCUGCUCUGCUGCUGUCAGCAGUGGGUACUGCCCAACUCAAUUUCAGUUUGAUAAUUAACCAAGUUGACAGGUUCACUCCCAUUUUUAGGUAUAUGCGGUCUGAUACAGGAUGUAAAAACAAGGUUUUCAGGAUGUGGUUCCACCAUUGCGUCAGCUGCACUUCUCUUAUCUAGGGGUGGGGCAGGGCAAGGGGGAAGGAUUAAGAUUAUCUCUUAUGGACAGACUUGAUCAUUUGAUUAAGCCAACAAAAUAGUUUUCCUGUGUGAAAGAAAUUAAUACAAAAAUGGCACUCUUGGCUACAAAGACAGGAGCGAUUUGAUUUUUUUAUUAGAACGGUUUAGGGUAAUGUGCACUUAAUUUGGGGUCGGAUAAGGGCAGAAUCUUGAUAUUUGCCUUUGCCCGCAACUUAAGUGUGGUGAGUUCAGAAAGGCCAAUGGGCGAGUUUGCCACAGUGAUACCCCUUGCGUUGGCGGCCUAAUAUGCCAUCACAAAAAAACAAGGUCAAAGGAAAGGGUAGUGUUUUGGUUUUUUAAAAUACUUAUUACCUGUUCAAAAGGCAGCAUUAAAGAAACCACGGCCUGUCUCACAGACAGGACUCCAUUGAAGGUAAGGAGACGGGGCGCUGCGAUAUUUGAUGUCUAAAACAAAAAGAAAAAAAAAGAUGACUUGGAAAGAAAAGCAAAAUUCUGAUCGAGUCAGACCACUCUGCAGUUCCUUGCCUCAGACUGUAAAGUUGUAUAGCUUGUGAAUGUCAGGUUAUGGCGUAUAUGCUGGUAUGUGUAAUUACAGCUGACUCUGGAUGCCCAUACAGAGAAGCUCUCCUUGCCGAUACACCAGCUUGUACACAAGAAAAUGAGAACAAUAAGAAUGGACUACCCACACACUGAUUACACGCUGUAAAUAAAAUGUACAUAGUGUCAACCUUUUUUAUUACAGAGAUCUGCAUUGAUGUGCUAGUAUACUUUACAAGCUUACUGUGGACUUAUGUGAGAGGUGGCUAAAGUUAGUACGUAUAUUAAAAAAAGAAAAAGGAAAAAAAAAAAAAGAAAAUAUGCCAGACAGUUUAUUACAGUUUUUACCAAAGGGAGUUGAUAAUAAUGAUAGCUGUUUUUUUUUCCUUGUGUGUUACUUUUUUUAAUAGUAAAAAAAUGUUUGUUUGGAAAAAGUAGAAAUGUAUCCAGGAUUUUUUUGAAAUGGGAGUUUUUUAUAAAGUACCUUUUCUUGAAAUUUUAUUUCUUAGUUGGAAUUUGGCUUUUUUAUUUCAAGGCAAUAAUAUCACUGCCCCCAUUUUGGAUAUAUUGGAGACACUGUUUGGAAUCCUUACAGCAAAGCUCAACAGAUAAAUGUCUUGUAUGUUGUUGUUUAUAUUUCUUUUUUUUUCAUCCCCCCUUAUUCUGCCUCCCCCCUACAGCCCCCCACCCUGGAUAGAUUUCUGCUGAAAAUAUGCAUUUGUUUUUUUGUUUUGUUUUUUGUUUUUUUAAACAGUCUCAAAAGCAUGUCCUGUCAUGUCUGACCAUCAAAGCCCCUUUAUUUCAAUACUAUUUAAAAAUGAGGAUAAUAAAAAUGGUUUGUAGCAGAUUGACCCUGUGUCUUUGGCCAGUUGUUCAGUGUGAUUGACAGGGCACGAAGCCCCAGUCACCUGCCGAGUCUGUGUCCAGCAAGGCCCGCCUGCUUGCUGCCGACUGCUGAAGCAGACAAAUAGAUCAGAUUUCUCUCUCGCACCAUUCAGAGCACAGACCACGACCGCGAUUUCUCCUCCCAUACAGAAUAAUGUAGCCGUGUUGUUUUUGCGGUUCAGUGCGCACUUUUGAUCUGUUCUAACUCUUCUUCGCGUUCCGUCAGAAGCAGACCGGUGUGGCAUUGGUGUACAAGUCAAAGCUGAUGGUUCACUAGUAAAAUCCUGUCAUUAGCCUGUAGAGACACAAACACCCCACACAGGCAGGCAGAUAAAUGGGAUUUGGGGUGAGUGUUGCUUGGGUUGGUCCCCCUGUCUGCUCUCUUAAAUCUUAAAUGUUGUAUUUCACACAGCAAAGAAGGACAAACUGUUUUUACCUCUGCCGCACACAGGAGAUUGCGCUCAGUGGUACGUGCGUAUUAUGUUUUGUACAACCGUUUAAACGGUGGAAGCGGUGGGUAGCAGACUCUUUUAGGACAGAGACAUUUCUGAUUGUCACCUCCCAGAUUCAUCCCUUUAGUGUCAUGCUUUGAUCUGAUGGUUUGCUGUAUAUGGAUUUUUGUGCCUUCCUCACCUGGCACUGCAGAUAUUUUUUGAAGUCCUUUGUUUCACAUGUUAAAAUACAAUUUUGGUUAAAUUAAUGUGCCCUUAUAUAUUUUAGUGUCCUCCUCAUUUAAUUAUAUAUAAUGUUAUUUUUAAACUUUUUUUUCCUGUUUUGUUUUUAUUGUUGUCUACAGUGAAACUUGGAGCGAGCAAUUUCCAAAUUCCAAAUUUGUAGAAAAUGUUUUGAAAUAACAGGUGGAUCAGAACCUUGUUGACACUUGAAAAAACAAGCAAUACACCAUCAGUAAGCUCUUGUGAUUCAUUUGUGGAUAUUUUUAAUGUUCCUUUUUUAAAUAUCUUGUUUCUGUUUGUGAACCACUGGCACUAAUGUGUCCCCGUGUUGAAGCACGUAGAUUUUUGUACAGAUGCGUUUUUAGGAGUUAGAAAAAUCAAGCCACAAACACACACAAUUCUGAUAGAAGGCAAUCUGCCAAAGUGUCAGUAGUCAUAGAUUUUUAAGUGUUUGUGAUUUACAGAUUGUAACCUUGUACCCUGCUUGUAUUUCCCCUUCAUGUAGGAGGACAGUUUAGUUUGUCACACUGACCGGACCUUUCAUUCACUAAGGAUUUAUGUGAUUGUAAUAUACUUCCUGCUUUUUCAGAUCAUUGAUAUGUCAAUGCGAUAUCAGCCACAUUAAGGUAUGUACUUGGAGGGGUCUAGGUGCUGAUGCAAUAAACCGAGAUUGCUGUCUUUGUCAUGGCUAAAAUUCCCUCUUUUUAAAUGUGCAACUUUGAGUUUCAGUCAGUACCUUAACUGGACAAUCACCCAGUCAGUUGCGGAAUUAUUAGAACAAAUGAGAGCAGCGCCCCCUCUUUGACUUAAUGCUGACUGUCAAAAGAAUUUUCAUCAUGGUAACCUUUUUAAUCUCCCUUUAUGCUCCCCCUUCCCCACCUUUUUGGCUUCAUAUGCCAAAUGGUAAUGGCACCACAUGUUACGUCCAUUUUCAUUUUAAGAAAAAUGGAGACCUUUAAAGUCGGAACAUGGUGCUAAAUUAUAGGUUCCAUUUAGCUGUCUUUCAUAACAGACCCAUGAAGCAGGUUUCUCUACAACAGCAACAACAAUUGAAAAAAAGAAUAAAGACAACAUUUUUAUUGAGGCGAUAAACUAAUGACUGUCUUUAGGGUGAGCUCUGGAAUGAAAACCAGGUGUGGUCAGGACUGACUACUCUGCCUAUAGGUCAUCUUGGUGCAGUAGACUGAGUCUGAUGCGCAGAGGCUGUUAGAAGGGGACAAACCCCCCCUCUUCCCUUCUGGGAUUUUGGGGGUGUCGAGGGAGAACAUUCCUUCCAGCUGUAGUGGUCUCGCACAGUAUCAUUGAGCAUUGAGGCUCUGGCUCUGUAAGACUAGUUCUGAUGUCUGCCACCAGCUAAAGACAAUCUCGGACAAACUUCUUGGACAGUUUUUUGCCCAGGACUGUGGUUUUAUUUUUAUAUUUACUGUAUAAAAUAUAAAAAGAGAGAAAAAUGGAUGGGUCGCUAGCUUGUAAGAAAAAAUAACUGCACUUGUUAAAGACUGCUUUUUGUAUUCCAUUUUUUUCUGUCCCCUUUUGCCACCUCUCCACAAGAUUUCUAUACAAUGUUGUAUACUUGAGUGUAGUGCAGUAUUUGCCAUUAAAAUAUUACUGAAAUAGUGUA